GAAGAUUUCAUUGGCGGGAACCAAACACCUCCAAGCCCUUCCAAGUGAACCUCGCGAUUCAAAAUUUCUUUCCCUUUUAUAUAACCCUAACCCCAGAAUUCAGAAUCUACCUCCCAAAAAAAGCAAUUGAAGGAGAAGAGAGAAAAAAAACCCUAAAAAUGCUUGAGCUUAGGCUUGUUCAAGGUUCGCUUCUGAAGAAAGUACUGGAAGCGAUUAAGGACUUGGUCAACGAUGCGAACUUUGACUGUUCGGCGACGGGAUUCUCGUUGCAAGCCAUGGAUUCAAGUCACGUAGCAUUGGUAUCUUUGUCGUUGAGAUCGGAAGGUUUCGAGCACUAUCGCUGCGAUAGGAACAUUUCCAUGGGGAUGAAUCUCAAUAACAUGUCCAAGAUGCUAAAAUGCGCCGGGAAUGAUGAUAUCAUCACAAUCAAGGGUGAUGAUGGCAGUGACACCGUUACUUUCAUGUUCGAGAGCCCCACACAAGACAAGAUAUCGGAUUUUGAGAUGAAGCUGAUGGAUAUUGAUAGCGAGCACCUUGGAAUUCCAGAAGCGGAAUACCAAUCAAUCGUUAGGAUGCCUUCGGCUGAGUUUGCAAGGAUUUGUAAAGAUCUUGCUAGCAUUGGUGAUACUGUUGUUAUCUCUGUAACUAAGGAAGGUGUGAAAUUUUCCACAAGAGGUGAUAUUGGAACUGCAAACAUUGUUCUUAGGCAAAAUACCACCGUGGAUAAACCAGAAGAAGCAACAAUCAUAGAGAUGAACGAGCCAGUUUCAUUGACAUUUGCAUUGAGGUACAUGAACUCGUUUACAAAGGCUACUCCGUUGUCAAGUACAGUGACGAUCAGCUUAUCCUCGGAAUUGCCUGUUGUGGUUGAGUACAAGAUAGCUGAGAUGGGUUAUGUUAGGUUUUACUUGGCACCCAAGAUUGAAGAGGAUGAAGAUGAGAUUAAACCACAAGUUUAACUUGAUUUUGUAGUAUGAAUUUGAUGUUUGUGCCAUUAAUGCUUCCAUCGGAGUUUUAUUUUGGGUUUCAACUUGAUAGCUAAACAUCGCGUAGUUUAGUAUUUGAUGGAUUAUAAGUAUUUGUUGCAUUAUUUCUUCUUAUUUUGUCUUAAUUUCUUUGCAACUUUGUAGGUUCUCGUUAAUCAUGUUGAGAA